AGUCUGAGAGAGCGCAGUGAGGUAGAGGAGAAGGGAAACGUGUCCUUGGACAUGACCCCCUACCAUCAAUCCCAUGAAGACCAGCAAACUGAGUGGCCUGUUCAGCCUGGACGAGGACUUUGAUGAUGAGGAUGUGUUGGGGACAGACUGGACCGCCUGCUCAGUCCCAGGACCGGCCGACGUGGAAGCUGCUGCGCCGUCCUGCGCCCUGCGGGCCUCCUCUGUGUCUCACAGGGAACAAGAGGACGCGUGCCGUGGGCCAGCGGGGGAGAAAGCGGCUGGACUGCGCAAUUACGCAGCGUCAGGGAGCAGCAUGCUCAGUGGUGCUGCACAAACUGUUGCUUUGGGUUUGAGACAGCUCUCCUCCUCCACUGUGCCUGCCUCUCCUCUCCUCUCCACCGUAAAUAACUCUAAGCCACAGCAGAGUCCAGCCAACACCGAGGGCCCCGGGAGGCCCUCCACGGCCCAGGAUGACUUUGACGAUUGGGACGUUGACCUGGCAGACCUGGAUGAGUGCGACGAGCAAACGAGGCAGCGGUCCGAGCCCGCCGCGUCUUCAGUGAAAACGCUGAGACCUUCUGCUCAUGUGAGGAGCCACACGCCUCCUGACAUGAGCCCCCGGGAGCCCGCUGCUGCGUCUAGGACUUCCAGCCGCUGUAGUUAUAACGCACCUCCCCGGAGCCUCCCUGCUGCACACCUGCAGUCUCCAAGCCCCCGCGCUGCUCUCCCCGCAGCUCCUCCACGGACCCCCGCCGCCCGCCUCGCCGCAGCCUCAACCAGCGGCCCUCCCCGGACGCCCAGCUGUCCUCAGCGGCUCCAGAAUCCACGGGCGGCUCCGCAGGCGCCCUGUCAGGCCCGCGGUCUCUUCAGCACCGUCUCCCCGGCGCCGUCGCCCUCGCUGGACGCCUCCGGUCUGAGCCCCCAUCCCCUGCACACGCCGGUGCUCACCAAUCGCCUGGUCCAGCUGGUGUCCGCGUCCAGCAGGCUUCCCAAGAGGCCUCGCUCCGAGUCCCACCAGCCCAGGACGCGGCGCUUCCCCGGCCCUGCAGGGCUUCUGCCUCAGCAGCCUCAGGGUCAGAAUCUGGACGAGAUCGUGGUUUCCGUGCCUCACACCCCUACACACGGGGCUGUGGCUCGACCGCCGAGUCAGUGUCCCAGCUCCCAGUCGGACGAAGAGGAGUUCAGCGGCCGCGCCUGGGCGGCGAUGAAGGCCGAGACGGGGCUGGACGAGAGGAAUCCGUCGUGCUUCCUGCACACCUACAGCGUGGUGAUGGUGCUCCGGAAGGCUGCUCUGAAACGGCUGCCGAGAAACAAAGUGCCCAACAUGGCCGUGCUGCUGAAGAGCAUCAUCCACACGAACGCCGACGCCAAGGCCGUGUUUAAAGACCCAACAGGGGAGAUUCAGGGGACUGUGCAUCGGCGUCUUUUAGAAGAGAGAUCUGAGGAGUUGAAAGCUGGGGCCAUAUUGCUCCUCAAACAGGUGGGCGUCUUUUCCCCAUCCCAUCGUAACCACUACCUGAACGUGACGCCCAACAACCUGCUGAGGAUCUACUCUCCUGAUGGAGUCAGCCUCUCCACUCAGCUCCCCCCGUUGGCCUUGGAGCCGGCGAUGUCGUCACCCGCUCGGGCCCCAGACGUCCCCCGGGAGCCGCUGUCUCGGAUGCAGCUGGAGUUGGACGACGAGGGGAAAAGGGCUGAAGGAUGCGCAGAGGGAGCUAAAGGCUCUCAGGUGCAGACGCCCGCUCAGGAUAACAAAUCCGUGAACUCUAGCAGAGGUCUCCGUGAGAGUUUUGGGACUCCAGCGCCGCAGGACGCCGACUGGGAUGCAGACGACGACCUGGAUGAGCUGCUGGGAGAGAUACCGGAGGACACCUACAGCUUUUAGCGUCAACAUUACAUCUGAUUAUCACGGACUCCAUUGUGAAGCUUCUCUGUUCUCAGGACAUCGCCUCUUUCAAAAGAACUUUAAAAAAAUAAAUACUAUUCUAUGUUUAUUUUUAUUUCAGGAACUAGAAACUGUAAUUGAUAUUCUUGAACGGCCCGCUCUACUUUAUCACCGGUUAUUGAUGUCACUUUAAGAAAUGAAAAACCCUUUAAUUGGACUACAUCGUCUUUGGAGAAGAAGAAGAUUGUUCUGGGAAUUAUGCAACAUUAAAGCCAAGGUGAGGCGUUGUUGCCUUCUGGUG